AUGUCGACUCCCCGCGUAUUCAUCGUCCGCCAUGGCGAAACCGAAUGGUCGCUCAACGGCCGCCAUACAGGUUCGACCGACAUCCCCCUGACAGCCAACGGCGAGAAGCGGGUUUUGGCUACGGGCAAGGCUUUGGUCGGUAACGAUCGCUUGAUUGUCCCCAGCAAACUGGCCCAUAUCUAUGUCUCCCCAAGACGCAGAGCGCAACGCACGCUUGAGUUGCUCAACCUUGCGUACAAGGACCAGCUACCGUGGGAAGCCCACGGCGAGCCCUUCUGCGAGGGCAAGCAUUGCGAGGCCCGGAUCGAGGUCACCGAGGACAUCCGAGAAUGGGACUACGGCGACUACGAGGGCAUCACCACGCCUAACAUCAGGGAACUGCGAAAGCAGCAAGGAUUGGGCACCGGCUGGGAUAUCUGGCGGGAUGGUUGCCCGGGAGGCGAGAGCCCGGCCGACAUCUCGGAGCGCCUUGACCGGUUGAUCAAGGACAUCCGGGAGAAGUGGCAUGCGCCAGUCAUGGGUAAACAAGCGGGAGACGGGGUUAACGGCGACGUCUUGAUUGUAGCCCACGGCCACAUCCUUCGGGCUUUUGCACAGCGCUGGGCGAACCAGUCUCUUCAUGAGGGCCCUACCUUUCUGCUCGAAGCGGGCGGCGUUGGGACAUUGAGCUACGAACAUCACAAUAUUGACGAACCUGCCAUCCUCCUUGGCGGCGCCUUCAUUGUGGAUAUUCCAGAGGUGAAGGAGAGGACUAAAGAGUGAGGUUGUGACUACCUAGUGACUUGGGUCUCUUAGGCCAGGUCCGUGAUGCUUCUUAGGUAAAAUAGAGCACAUAGAUACAGUAUCCAUGGCGAACACAUUGUUUUCUUCGACAGACCCAUGAAGAGACAAUCACGUAUUUCCUAAAUC